AGUAGGGCGGGUCAUACCGGUCUGUUUGAGGAGCAUCAAACUGAAAGUAGUAACUUAGUUAAAACUACGCUAACUUAGACCUAUUUUCACGUAAGGACAGUUUGAGCGACGGUUAAAAGAUGUCUCGUAGAUAUGAUUCCAGAACAACCAUAUUUUCUCCAGAAGGACGCCUCUAUCAGGUGGAGUAUGCGAUGGAGGCCAUCGGUCACGCUGGAACUUGUCUGGGGAUUCUGGCCAAUGAUGGAGUGCUGUUAGCAGCAGAGAGGCGCAACAUCCACAAACUGCUCGACGAGGUUUUCUUCUCUGAGAAGAUCUACAAGCUCAAUGAUGACUUGGCCUGCAGUGUUGCUGGGAUCACAUCUGAUGCUAAUGUCCUGACAAAUGAGCUACGGCUGAUUGCACAGAGGUAUUUGUUGCAGUACCAGGAGCCAAUACCCUGCGAGCAGUUGGUGACGGCCCUGUGUGACAUCAAACAAGCGUACACACAGUUUGGAGGGAAGAGGCCGUUUGGUGUUUCUCUGCUCUACAUGGGCUGGGACAAACACCACGGCUUCCAGUUGUACCAGAGUGACCCAAGUGGCAACUAUGGAGGCUGGAAGGCAACCUGUAUUGGCAACAACAGCGCUUCUGCCGUGUCCAUGCUGAAGCAGGACAUCAAAGAGGGUGAGAUGAGUCUGUCCUCGGCUCUGGCUCUGGCCGUCAAAGUCCUCAACAAGACGAUGGACGUCAGCAAGCUGUCAGCGGAGAAAGUGGAAAUUGCCAUUCUGACACGAGAAGACGGGAAAACCAAAAUCAAAGUGCUGAAGCAGAAGGAAGUUGAGGAACUCAUCAAGCGGCACGAGGCCGAGGAGGCCAAGUCUGAGAAGGAGAAGAAGGAGAAGAAGGAGAAGGAGCAGAGGGAGAAGGACAAAUGAGCAAAAUCAGAGUUGUUCUUUCCCUCCCGUCACCAAAUCCUGCAUUUGUUUUGUCUUUUACAUUAAAAGUUUGGAAACU